UGCAAAUCUCAUUGAAUCCACCAUUAUCUCACUUCACAUUAGCCGUGGUUCAUUUGGGAAAAAAAAAACAAUUUACGGAACCGAUUUUCCAAAAAUUUCCCAUCCAGCAGCCAUUAACUAUUUUCAAUUGAUGGAUACGAACAGUUGAUGAUCAAACAAGUCGCUGUCCAGCUGAAGAGAGACGUCUGUGGAUGAGAGAAAUGUGGAGGGACAGAUUGUCAUGGCCAAGACUCUGUUUCAAAUGCUAACCUUGAAAAUUCAAUCCAUACAACGGCUUCUCUCUCAAAACAGAGCCUUACCCUUUUUGUCUUCACCCCAAUUAGUUUAUUUUUUAAAUUUCGUUGUCUAUCUCGCCUCCUUUUAUAUUUGUCUGUAUUGCUCUCGUGAUUGGAGAGUGUCCCGUUGCCUCUGCUCUGUUCCACCAACAUUAUCUGAAUCCCUAUCUUUACAUUCCUCCUUUUAUGCAAUAUCCUGAUUAGUAGAGGCGGCUAAGGUCUGUUCUUGUCUACGCUCCUACUCUGUUCUUAAUCUCAGUACUAAGUCAGUUGGAAAGAUGGAGAUAACCAAUGUUAUGGAAUAUGAGGCCAUCGCAAAAGAGAAGUUGCCAAAGAUGGUCUAUGACUACUAUGCAUCAGGUGCAGAGGACCAGUGGACUCUUAAAGAGAACCGAUUUGCAUUCUCAAGGAUUCUGUUCCGCCCUCGUAUUCUUAUUGAUGUAAGCAAGAUAGACAUGACCACAACUGUCUUGGGCUUCAAGAUUUCAAUGCCUAUCAUGAUUGCUCCCACAGCAAUGCAGAAAAUGGCUCACCCAGAAGGAGAGUAUGCAACUGCAAGAGCAGCAUCGGCAGCUGGCACAAUCAUGACACUAUCAUCAUGGUCUACUUCCAGUGUCGAAGAAGUUGCUUCAACAGGACCUGGAAUUCGUUUCUUCCAGCUCUAUGUGAAUAAAGACAGAAAUGUGGUUGCACAACUUGUUCGGAGGGCUGAAAGGGCUGGCUUCAAAGCAAUUGCACUUACUGUGGAUACUCCGAGACUUGGCCGUAGGGAAGCUGACAUCAAGAACAGAUUUACUUUGCCACCAUUCCUGACAUUGAAGAACUUUGAGGGAUUGGAUCUUGGGGUAAUGAACAAGAGUGAUGACUCUGGACUUGCUUCAUAUGUUGCUGGCCAAAUUGAUCGAUCCCUUAGCUGGAAGGAUGUGAAAUGGCUUCAGACAAUUACUCAAUUGCCAAUUCUAGUGAAGGGUGUACUUACUGCUGAAGACACAAGGCUAGCGAUACAAGCUGGAGCAGCAGGGAUUAUUGUGUCCAAUCAUGGGGCUCGCCAGCUCGACUAUGUCCCUGCAACUAUUAUGGCUUUGGAAGAGGUUGUCAAAGCUGCGCAAGGUCGAGUACCAGUUUUUAUGGAUGGUGGUGUCCGGCGUGGGACUGAUGUCUUCAAAGCAUUGGCUCUUGGAGCUUCUGGUAUAUUUAUUGGAAGGCCAGUUGUCUUUUCUUUGGCCGCUGAAGGUGAGGCUGGUGUGAGGAAAGUACUCCAAAUGCUUCGCGAUGAGUUUGAGCUGACUAUGGCAUUAAGUGGCUGUCGCUCACUCAACGAAAUUACCCGCAGCCACAUUGUCACUGAUUGGGACCCGCCUCAUCCUGUACCCAGAUUGUAAGAUGGCCUUGCUCCUCCUGUGCUGAUCUUAUCGAAAGGUCAAGUCUCAAGCAAUUGUCUAUCAUCAGAAUAAAUAAUUCCAUAUUUAUGGUCAGGGAAUGUUAUUAUGAAUUUAAGAUAAUAAUGAUGGUGAAUGGUAUUCCGUUAUAUGGCUGCUGCCGCUUUCGUUGUAUAUUCUAUCUCCAAGACAGAGCUUACUGUCCUAAUGUUGAGUUUGUAUAGGAAUGCAUUAUGCCGAAUUUUCUGAAA